GGAACCCUGGCGAGUAGUUCCGACAUUUUCCAGUCGGCGGUCAAAACGGAUUCCAGGCCCUCCCGGAAGUUGUUGCACAGUCGUUUCCGGGGCGUGAGGUGGAGGAGGAAUCCGAAUGGGUCGCAGCCGCAGCCGUUCCCCGCGGAGGGAACGUAGGCGGUCCCGGUCCACAUCCCGGGAGAGAGAACGCAGGCGCCGAGAGAGGUCCCGGUCCCGAGAGAGAGAUCGGAGAAGAAGCCGCUCUCGAUCCCCACACAGAAGACGAUCCAGAUCCCCAAGACGACAUAGAUCCACAUCUCCUUCCCCUUCUCGACUGAAAGAAAGAAGAGAUGAGGAGAAGAAAGAAACAAGAACAAAGAGCAAAGAACGUCAGAUUACUGAGGAAGACUUAGAGGGCAAAACCGAAGAAGAAAUAGAAAUGAUGAAGUUAAUGGGGUUUGCCUCCUUUGACUCCACAAAGGGAAAAAAGGUGGAUGGCUCUGUAAACGCCUAUGCCAUAAACGUGUCUCAGAAGAGGAAGUAUAGGCAGUACAUGAAUCGAAAAGGUGGAUUCAACAGACCUUUGGAUUUCAUUGCAUGAGAAUUGAAAUGUUGAAGAAUGAUUUUUUUUCCCCCUCAUCUUGAUUAGGACAGUGGAUUUUGUAUUUUGUAUUUAAUAUGCAUCAAAAAAUGGGAUCACAGUCCUUCCUCCUUGUAAAGUAAGAAAAUUUUAUUUAUGAUGUGUGUACUUCAGUUACCCUGCCUCAAAAAAAGAAGGUUAAAUGUUACUUUUUUUCCUGUAGGAAAUACCACUUGGGGCAGUCAUCAACCCCAUUCCUUUGUUCUUAUUCCUAUGGAAGCUGCAUAUGUGUUCUUCUUGGAUGCUCUUUAGGACUUUUUAAAACACAUAAAAGUAAUUUGGAAGUCAGUUUCUCAAAUAAAGCAGUAUUUCUACCCUUUUAUAUUUGAUAUUUUUAUUAUUAGAUUAAAGAAUCACCCUACACAUUUUCUUUUUUCAUAUAUAAAUUUAGUAUCAUAAUUCUUCAUAGUUUAAAAAUUAGAAUGAAAAGUAUAACUAGAUUUUUGUAUCUUCUGUGUUUUUUGCCCCCAAAUACCAUUUACUGUUUUCUCCCCAAUUGAAAAGCAAUACAUGCUUAUUAAAAACUGAGGGAAACCAGAAAAUUUAAAAAAAAAGCCAAAAAUCACUGUAAUCUUCCCCCAGAAGUUAGUAUUUUGGUGUCUGUGUUUCUAGGCUCCUCUCAGCAUGUAUUUCUUGCCCCUGCCCACAGAGAUCAGAAUGUUUAUGCUGCUCUCUUUUGUUAAUCCUUAUUCUCCCAUGUACUGUGAACAUUUUUUAAAUGCUCUUAUAAAUUCUUUGGAGACAGCUUUUAGUAGCUACUUGAUUAUACCAUAAUUUAUUAAUUAAUCCUUUAUUGGCAAAUGUUGGCUUCCCUCCCAUGACUUGCUGUUAUAAUUAAAACUAUGAGUGUAUUAUUUAGGGGUAAAGGAAGAAACAAAACUGAGUGGUAUCUCUGUUGCAUGUA